AUGACACAAUCUACCUCCCCCUCAUACCUCGUCCGCCCGGCAACUCAGUCAGACGUCAACGGUAUCGUCGCCGUCGGCCGCAAAGUCUGGCUCGAGACCUUCUCCCACACUACUUCCCCUGAGAACAUGCUCGUCCACCUCGACGCAAGCUAUACCGCCGAGCUCAUCUCCAAAGAAAUCUCCCAUCCAGACCGCCUGUACCUCGUCGCCCACGCCGCAGACGGCUCGGCUGGGGUCGCCGGCUUCGCGGUGAUAGCGCGGGGAACCUCUUCGUCCGAGCCAUCAGUAGCGGACUGGCCGAAUCCGGUGGAACUGCAAAGGAUCUACGUUGAUAAGGCGCACCAUGGUGCCGGGCUGGCAAGGCAGCUGGCGGAGGAGGUGUACGGUGCAGCCAGAAAGGAGGGGUAUAAAAGUAUAUGGCUGGGCGUGCUCCCAGAGAACACGCGGGCGGUGAAGUUCUAUGAGAAGUGCGGGUUCAAGAAGGUCGGAAGCCACUCGUUUUGGGUAGGAGGGCAGGAGGAUAUAGACGAUAUUAUGGCUAGAUUGCUGUAG